AUGGCUUGGGGCUUGGCCAACAGUGAGCAGCCUUUCUUGUGGGUGAUAAGACCCAAUUUAGUGUGUGGUUCUGAAUGGAUUGAAUUGUUACCCAAGGAUUUCAAAGAAGCUAUUAGAGAAAAGAGGUUGCAUUGUGAAAUGGGCACCAAAAAGGAAGUAUUGGCACAUCCUACAAUUGGAGGGUUUUGGAGUCACUACGGUUGGAAUUCAACGCUUGAGAGUAUCUGCGAAGGGGUUCCUAUGAUAUGUCAACCAUGUUUUGGGGACCAAAAAGUUAAUGUGAUGUAUGUGAGCCAUGUAUGGAAAAUGGGAUUGGAGUUGGAAAAUGAGUUGGAAAGAGAGGAGGUAGCAAAAGCUGUCAGAAGGCUAAUGGUAACUGCAAAAGGGAUGAAGAUGAGGCAGCAAACUAUAGAAUUGAAGAAGGUUGAAUGUUGCAUGAAGAAAGGAGGCUCAUCCUACAAUUCUUUGAUCAAGUUGGAACAACAUAUCUUGUCAUACUAA